AUGUCUUUACAAUAUGACUCGGAGUUUCUCAAACAAGCAGGCCCUGUGCUGCAGCAGCUGGCUCAAUUUCAGAAGCCUGCCCUUCAUGACGUUGCAACCAGACGGGCAAUGACCGCAUCCAUGACCAGCGCUCUACCCCCAAUUCCAGACGACAUGGAGAGAAUCCUCCAUCACGUCCCAUCAGAAGAUGGGUAUGAAGUCAAUGUCUAUCAUUUCCGCAAGCGACAUCAGCCUGAAGCAGGUGGCGACCCUGCUAUUCUUCAUAUCCAUGGCGGUGGCUAUAUCUCGUUGAGUGCAGAGCAGUGCUCCGUGCCACAUAUCAGGUCGGUGUCGAGUACUGGAGUGCAGGUCCUGACAGUUGACUAUCGGUUGGCUCCCGAAAACCCAUAUCCAAAACCACUCAACGAUUGCUGGGCAGUGCUCAAAUGGCUACAUGCGAACGCAAGUCAACUAUCAAUUGAUCCCGCUCGCAUCGCUGUCAUGGGAGAGAGUGCCGGAGGUGGCUUGGCUGCUGCAUUGACACUGCUGGCCCGAGACACAGCGCUAUCCCCUCCCAUUGCAAAGCAAAUUCUUGUUUAUCCAAUGAUUGAUGAUCGAACCAAUAUCAAUCAUGCGGGUCAGUUGGUGUUUUGGGACGAGGUCGAUAACAAGACCGGGUGGACUGCAUAUCUUGGAUCUAACGCAGGAACUGAGAACAUUAGCUCUUAUGCUGCACCGUCUCGCGUGGAGAGUGUGGAGGGCCUUCCUCCGCUAUAUAUGGACUGCGGCCAACUAGAUAUGUUUGUACAUGAAGGGUUGUAUUAUGUACACCGAUUUGUGGCAGCCAAUAUUCCCACGGAAUAUCAUUUGUAUCCUGGUCUUCCGCAUGGAUUUGAGGCGAUGGCUCCGUCAAUAAGUUCCACAAAGAAGGCCAUCGCUAACCGGGAGAGAGCCAUGACUAGUUUUUGA